CAAAAAAUUUUCAAUCAAUAGUUCAAGAAAUCAAGCUAUCCUGCAAACAUGGGUUCUGUUGUGCGUUACUACACCAAUCGAAUAUACCAACAUAUUAUCUCAAUAGCAAUAGCCGCUUGGUUGUAUGUUAGUAUAAGUGUUCUUCGAAAAGUGGAACUGAGGGUACAAGAAACGCACUCCAAUUUUUGCUUCGACUACGAUAAACUACAGUUUUUUAUUGCGAUAAUAACUGGCUUGGUGUAUCCAUCAUCCUUUUGGUUCUACAGUGGGUUGAUGUAUUGGCAGUUCGUGCACUGCAUUUAUAUAUCACAUGAGAUAAAUACUUGCGUAAGUGUGUUUCAGUGGAAAUCAGCGUAUGCCAUGGUAUGUGCUAUAACUACGCACGUUAUAUGCAAACAAAUUCAUCCAUAUCUACAAGAGUGGUAUCACAGCAAGACUGCGGCCCUCCCUCAGCUGUGCGCUACACAGCGCAAUAACACUGAGAUGAAAAAGUUUCCGAAAAAUGCAGAGUUGACGUCAAAGCAAAGCAAAAGUUCAAAAAAGGGAAGCAAGGGUAGACGUAGGCGGUGAAGUGAUUGAUCCAAGAUAACCAGAGUUUACACCAAUAAUGUCUCUUAUUUUAAAAAUUUUACAAAAUUUCAGCAGCGAUAAGUUGUAGAAGGAAUGUUUCUACUUCUACUGUUGCUCCAACUUAAAUUGGUUUCUUUUAUUCAGCAGAUUAAUGGGGAACCAAAUUCUAGCAGAUUUAAAGAACUUUCUAAUAAAGCAACGGAAUCAUGCCUAA